AUGGAUAUUACGGGGCAACCCUCUCAAAAAAGCAGUGCUGAUGGUGUGGAUCCGAUACUCCGUAGUCACAUCUAUGGCCUUGUUUCAGCUCUUGGUGGACCGUCACCGGACGACCCUAACACCUACAUUCUUGGCGACGAUGUCUUUGGCUGCCUCCGUGAUAUCAAACGGUGGCUGAAAGGCUAUGAUGAGAAGCUUGAUCGGCUCGAUGUUGCGCGGUGUCUUUCCGAAGCUAAUCUUGUCGUCGACCUUAUGGAGAUACUUUCCCACACCUCGACCAAGGGCAUUUCCACACUGAACCACCCAAACAAAAUCGGUCUUGCUUGCGUCGAACUUCUUGUGCCACUGACCUGGCCACUCAACAAGACCGAGCUCUCUAUGACUGUUAAUCACCAUCGGCAUUUAGCAGUCUUGCGACGAUCCCAAGCGUACUACAAGAAAAAUAUAUUGACGCACCAAUCGGGGUGCAUAUUGAAGGCUUGCUGUGUCAAUGCACUCCCUCCUAUGGCCGUGGCUCUGCCAGAGCGAACUCCUCGGGACGAGGGAAUCAUCAGACUGGUCCUUUACUUAAUCAGGAAUCUGUUACAGAUUGAAGAACUCGAGCUUGAAAACGACAAUGUCUGGAAUGAGAUUUCUAAAAGCUCGACAAUUGAAGCUUUCGAUGGGCAAGGAAUCUUCGACCUCCUUCUUUCGAUAAUAUCGGGUGUACCAGAACUGUUCCAGCAGCAAGAUGUGAUCGUCGUGGAAAUCUUAUUCCACUUACUUCUUGGGGUUGAUAUGCGACAGUUUGUGACUUCAGCGCCCGAUGCUGGGGUGAUGAAGACUCUGGAUCCAUUAGCACAUAUCUUGAAAACCGAAACGCCCUCGGCGGGAUUGAAAGCACAAUCUAGGCACACUAGAUUUGGUACGACGGUAGUGCUCAAAAAUGAGGAUGGCCAAAACAAAGUUGUUACCGGUCAUAGCGCUUUAUUAGCUGAAAGCACGGGGCUACGGAAGCUGGACGACGCAAAAAAAUGGCGAAAACCGCAGCAUAACGUGAACAAAAAGCAUACUAUAAACGAGGGACUAGUAAGCCCACUUCGUUUAGCUGACUAUCAAGAAGCCCUCUUCCAGAAUGUUAGAAAAGCCAUCGAAAGGGAUUCUAAAAGAAUCCUUGGUAAUACUCAUAUUGCUCAACUGUUUUUUGUCGGUGGUUCUUUGAUGGAGUUUGGGCGAGGUAUGAAACAGGGUGGGGCCAUGCUAGGAGACCCAAGAACGCUGAGAUCGAGGGAGUUCUCGACACUGCUUCAACCCGAAACAUUCAUCAUUUUGUUCCGACAUAUUCGGGAAGGCUUAGAGUCAAAGUCGUGGGAUUACGUACAAUCCGGUUGUCAUUAUUUUACGCAAGCCUUGCUUGUGGUUUCCGAAAUGAUGCAUUCCCAAGAUCACGACGAAAAAUCUCUUGCUGAGAAUAUCUUUAACCGAUUAUUCUAUGAGGAGACGUUGCAUGACUUGAUGAUAGCUGUUCUACGUUCUGGGCGUAAGCAAACUGUAGAGUAUCUGGAUAUUUUAACACAGAUGAUCCAUGUGUACCUUAGGUGCCUAGAAAGGUACUGUAAAAGCAAUUCUGGCCUCAUUGUUAAAUCGAAGCGGGCAUCAAAAUCGCAUUCUGGCGAAAUUGAAGCGUUCAGCGAUUCGGAAUCAGACACCAAAAUGCCUGACCGAAAACAAGCCGAAAAGUCAUUCAAUUUCCAACAAUAUGAGAGUAAAUUUCUCUCCCCGGCCUCGCUUGAACCUUUCCUAGAUUUACUUAGUCACUACAGAGAACUCGGCUGGCCACAAAUAAAGCGGUGUAUCGGCUUUUUACACCGUGUUUUUGUGAAAAGAGGGGCCACUGUAGGGCUUUUUCAUCUCAAAGCCAUAUACAUACUUCAAGCCGUAGCUAGAGACACCAAGGGUUCACAAGGCUAUACCGAGAUUGCUGGGUUUGUUCGAUUCUUCAGUAAACAUCUUGUCCGUAAACUCAGCGAAUAUCCGGUGUUGUUCGUGGAAAUACUAUUCCAGAAGUCUCAAAGAAUCGGCUAUUUUAUUGAACACGGUGAGGAUAGGAGCCGCUGCAAUCGAGAGCUACCGCCCUCCCUUACGAUUGAACUUGAAGAGGGCUUGGACAAAGAAAAGCGAAUAGCAGUUGCUGUUUGGCUUGUCUCGCAGGAUGAUGUAUGUUGCAAACAAUUUGGUUGGGUGGAAAGGGUGCUGUACUGUGUGGUUGAGGAACGUCGGGGCUGGGAGACAAAGGAUUCAUCGGUACAUCCUAACAAAGGUCCUGGUGACCUGAGAAAACUUUGCCCGAUUGCUGUCAAGUUUGAAGGCGACACCCAUACCCAGCUGCACUUUUCAAGCAAUAAGUUGCAACUCUUGAUGAAGGUUCUCGAUUUCGAACCCGAAGGAUCCCAUCCACAGGAAUUCUGCUAUGUGUUACCCGAUACAGUUUCCUUUCAGACACUUCAAGAAAGUAUUACGACAUUUUUGCGGUAUAUGAAGUCGCCGAUAUCAGAAUUUGGGGAUGGGAAGGCGUUGGUUGAUUGUUUUACGAUGAAACGGAAAAAAAUUGAAUUAAAAUCCUCGGAUUCAAGUGGCGAAUGGAAAAAAGAUUCCGCAAGCGAAGCAUUUGAACCCGAAUUUCCUGACAACCUCAAAGCUAGAAAAUCGCGAAGUACGAAAGGGCCAGAGGUGAGAUUGGCGAAAAAGAUGAACAUGGACGAAAACGAGGCACACCGCCGACGCGAGGAACAUAAACUUAAGGAAAGGGAAAGGAGGCGGGGGAUCAAAAGUGGGCUGUAUAUUGGGUCUUCGGAUGAUGAUUCCGAUUAUGAAAGAGAUCAAGAGUUUUUUGAAAAGGAGCGAGUUCUACGGGAGGCUAUGAGCAAGGCAACGCUCCAUGCAGACGGAAAUGGACAACCCGACAUGCCCUUGGCUCGCCAGAAGCGAUCAAUACUGGACGAGACGGCGAGGGAGUCAAAGAGAUUAAAAACGAAGUUCAAUAGUGAUGGUAGUGACAGUGGUAAUAACAGUGGUAAUGGUGGUGGUAAUGAUAGCAGUAACGAUAUUGGUAGAGAUAGCAGUGAGAGUGGUAAUGAUAGUGGUGGUAGUGAAUGA